AUGGGCAGGACAGCGAACCCCUUGCCCUGCUAUUUGGUCUGCUUAUUUAUGUUGGAGUCACAUGAGUGCAGCAGCUGGGAGUCCGCCUCUGAAAAGAACACAGGCAGGAGCGAAGUGAGGGCUAUCCUGAGCUCGCUUUUCCUGGGCAGCGCAUCCCAUGCAGCCCGCCCAGGAAAACGACUCUGCCGGAGCAGCAGCAGCCCGGGGGACCAGGGCUCGGGGCCGCAGGGGUGGGGAGGAGCAGCUCGGGGGCCGAGUACUCACAGAAUUGCUCAAAAUGGCAGCACUAUAAGCAAACAAUAUCGCUCACUUACCCGGGAAGGCUGGGGCAGCUCCGGGGCGGCGAACGGGCGCUCGGGCGACACAAAGGAACCAUGGAGAAACUUUUUCAGCCCGAGCCGACGGCGGGGCGCAGGGACAGCGCCUCGGGGCCCACCAGGAGAGCGCGGCUCAGCAGCCCAGCGGGGGCGAGCGCCCGCCCCAGGUUCGCAGCCCCCUCCGCGGCUGUGGCGGGAGCCAUUUCCAAGAGUUUCCAAGAAGUGUCAGGUCCUCCGCUGCCCGCAUCCUGCCUCGGAGCCUUCCUCCCCGCCGCCGCUCCUCCUGCGCCUCCCCGCGAGCCCUGCCGCGACGCUCCCGGGCCGGCCCCAGCGCCUCUUUUCCCGCGGUGGCGGCGGCGGCGGCGGCAGCGGCUGGCGCGGCUCGGGGCGGCCGGACUCGCGGCUGUUGCUAAGAGACCGGAGCCAUGACACAGGGAAAUUGCGGCAGGAUGGCAGUCGGUACCCGGCCCGACUCUGCUGCUCCGGGGCGCACCCGCCCCCCGCCACGCCCCCCGCCUCCUCCCCGGCGCUGCUUCCCCCCACCCCACUCCGCGCCGGCCUCCCGCGCUCCCCCCCUUCACUUCCUCCGCAGCCCACCGCCGGUGCCUUCGGGGGAACCGCUUCCCCGAGGACUAGGAGGCGCGGGGGGGGGGGGCGGAGUGUGGCGGGGGGCAGGGGGCGGGGAAGCCCGCGGGGCGCGCGGCACCUCGGCCUCGGCCUACCCCGCCCCCGGGGCGCCCCGGGACCGCCGCCCGCCUUGGCCGGGAGCUUUGUUCUUUUCGCUCCAACUACCUGUCUGAGCAGCGGGCCGGAGGGCGCCCAAAGGAAGGGCCGGCACUCCCGGAGGAUCUGCCCGUCAGCGUCCGAGGGGCGCUCUGGGGAGCGAGAGGGGUCAGCGCCCGCGUCUCCCGCCCUCCCGCCCUCCUGUCCUCCCUCUUCCCUCUCCUCUUCUGUUGCCUCCACUCUCGGACACGACGCAGCCUGGUACUGCUUCUCCCCCUCCCUCUUGGGAGUUUGCGGUGUGGACGCACAGCGAGCACAGAUCCCCUUGGGACCGUACCCACACUUAAUCUGCCUGGAAUGGGGUCAUGGAAUCAGCUGUCAUGAUUGAACUGUGCUGCCUGUCCAUGGGGCGGAGGCCCAGUGCCUCUCACCAAAGCCCACUGCCCAGGAGGAUGAGAACACUUUCUCCAUUGCUGCUCUCCUGACUGUGUGGCUGGCCAGGGCCCUUUCAUUUCACUCUGCCAGAGAACCCAGCUAUCAAACUCAUGUCACUCUGCAGUCAAAUUCGAAGUAUGUGAAAACACAACCAAGAGAACAUUCUUCAGCCUGAAGGGUUGAGGCUCUCACAGAAAGGACUCUCAAGCCGAUUUCUGGCAUCUCGACAACAGAAGAAGGAACCUAUUUAUCCCAAGGUUGAACACAGGACAUAAAAUUCCUCUUCUUUUCUCGUGGCUUCGUACUCUGCCAGGAUGAGCAACGUGACAGGAAAAAGCAUGAUCAGAAAAAAAAAAAAAAGCAAUAAACUAGGCAAUAGAUUUCACAAAUAAAAAUAUUGCAUGGAGCAUAAACCUAAAAACGGGAAAUUCAGAUUUAACUGGGCCUCCCAUCCUUUAUCUGCAACUCCAACACAACAUCCCUUGGUAGCCUCACAGAUGUUUUUGUGGCACAUGUAAGGGAUGAGAGAGUCUGAAAGAAAAUGUGAACUGCAACAGUACAUUACAGCCUUACUGGAUUUCUUUUGGAACAGGAGAGGCAGAAAGACACUGAGCAGAGCCUGGAUGGAGCAAGAGCACUUGGAAGUGCAAGGGCAGCUUUUCUAUCGCCAAGCAGCUUUUGGCCUUGGGUUUUCUCACAGUUCCAAUUUCCAUGUUCCUGUUUCUAGCCCUUGCCCGUGGAA